UAUCAACACAACAUCACACCAAACACUAUGCAGAUACAGCAAGACCCAAUCCAAUGCACGUCUUCAUAGAAGCUUAAAAAUCCUUGUGAGGUUAUUCUUUCACAAAUCUUCUUGUAGGAGUCUUUGGAAUCACGCUUGGGCACUCAUACUCAGACUUCACCUGAAUAACCAACCGUCUAAUGAAAUAACGUUCUUAAUAGCCCACCAGUUUUGUCCAGGCCCUGGAAUCACAAUUUUAAUGUGAUGAGACUAAGUCUCAAUUUUAGCUGUUUCUAAAUCAUGGUGAAUUUACUGACAGUCACCUGUUUGUGUUUCAUGCACUUUGCAGCUUCAGUUUUAAUUAUAUAUAUUUUUAACAUGUUUCUGAGACACAGAAAAACAACAACCACUAUGUAAGUUUCAAAGACUUUUGAAAUUGGUGUAAAUUCUUGACCCUUAUUCUUCAUAACCUCUGAAAUUCUUUGUGGCAAGCUUGAUAUCAACUUCCUUCCUAUUGGUGUCAAGAUUGACUCAUAGUUUAAAAAAAAAAAAAAAAAGGCCUCAAAGACUAACUUCUUACAAUGAGCAAUUUGAUGACACUUUGGUGCAUUUUCAAGCAUGAUGGAAAACCAUGUCUCUAGGCUAAAGUAAUAUUUAAAUGGUUCAAAUAUCAUCAAAUUAACAUUUUGGAUCCAUACACAAGAAAUAUGAUACAUUUGGUCUUUUGGGGUAAAAAGUGGGAACCCACAAGUUAAUCAGCUUUGAACUCUAACAAGGCGGGAAUGGAUCCCAAUCAGCCGAGAAACCACAGAGUGUUUUAAAAAUUAUGAAGAAGAAGAAUAAAGACUUUAAAUAUCGCUCUCUAGGUUUAAAUUUGAAAAUACUAGAGAGGAAGUGAUUACACAAGUGGUUACACUUUAACCACCUCUCAUUAUAGGUUGCGGUGUAGUUACUUAAAUCAUAAGUUUGUUGGUUGUGCAUGUGUGUUGUUUUACAAGGAAUGGAGUCCUGCACUGUAUCUGCACUGAGCUGCUUCAUAGCAUUUUGUUUACUUGUCUGUUUAAUUGGCUUCAUUUUCGCGGAUGCAGACUUCACUCUGCUUUGGGCAAGUCUGACAGGGCAAAGGCCAGAGAGGAAGCUGAAAGGGCUGGUGGUGUGGAUCACUGGAGCAUCCAGCGGUAUUGGAGAAGAGCUGGCCUACCAGCUGGCAAAGUGCGGCUCACGUCUCAUCCUGUCUGCCCGCCGUGAGGAUGAGCUACACAGAGUGAAACGCCAUUGCUUAGAGACCUCUGAACUUAAGGAUGAGGAUAUUCUUGUUCUUCCACUUGAUUUGCUGGAGAGGAGGUCACAUGAGACAAAAACAAAAACUGUGAUUGGGUACUUUGGACACAUUGAUAUCCUCAUUAACAAUGGCGGUCGAAGUCAGCGCUCUCUGUUCUUGGAAACCAGCGUGGAUGUGUGCCAGGCCUUGAUGGAGCUCAACUUCUUCGGUACGGUCUCUCUAACCAAGCAGGUGCUGCCUCACAUGACGCAGCGAGGCAUGGGGAGCAUCGUGACUGUCAGCAGCCUCUUUGGCCUUACCGCUGCGCCUCUUGCAACAGGUGCCUCUGCUAGCAAGCAUGCACUUCAGGGUUUCUUUAAUUCCCUUCGAACUGAGCUGACUGACUAUCCAAAAAUACUAAUUAGCACAGUGUGUCCAGGGCCCGUCCAAUCACAAAUCGCCAAAAAUGCCUUUACAGCAGAAAUAAACAAGCCUCCACCCACAGUUGGACAUCUGAAGAGGAUGCCAACAGAUCGCUGUGUGCGUUUAAUGCUAGUGGGAAUUUCCAAUGGUGUCAAGGAGAUGUGGAUCUCUCAGCAGCCCAUGCUCCUGCUUUACUACACCUGGCAGUAUGCGCCCACAUUCGCCUGGUCCGUGUCCGACAGGUUGGGCAGAAAAUGGGUGCAGAAUUUCAAAGCUGGUCGGGUAGGUACAGAAAGUUUUUAUGGUGCAAAAUUCCCUUGUAGAUAUAUUAUUUACACAUUAGUGUACGUCUGAGAAAUUCAAACAUCACCAUAUUUUUACCAAAUACUCUGAUCAAUAUGAGUAUAUAUUUGGGCUUUAUGAGUUAGUAAAAACCUUUUUUCAUAAUAUUUGUUUUACACAUUUUGACUUGGUCAGGAGCAUGCAGGUGAACAUGCAGCUUUUUUCCACUUUACUUGGGGCACAUCAGAUGCUGCCAUUUCUUUCUGCAACAUUUGUGCUGCUGCAGUAUUCUGCAAGGUUAGCUGUGCUAGAUUAGACCUGAGACUGGUGGGUUCUCACUGUGUGAACAGGCUGAAAAUACUUGAAUAAAGUUGAACUAUGUGUGCAGCGCUGUCUCUUAACAGCUGGGAGGCUCUAGCUUCUACUGACCUUGGUUGAGUCUAAUAAGAAGAAGGCAGUGUCUAGGGUAUGACAGUGAGCAUGACUACUUCCCCCUGGUGCUGACUGGAUAACUGACUGACCAGUGUGUCUGGUGGCCUCUGCUGGACAGUGACAGCUGAGGGCCAUGCAGAAAGGUCAUGCCACUACUGGCUAGCCAUUGUGGAUUCACUUGCUUGGGAUGGAGGAGGAUCAUUUUGGGACCAAAAGAAAAAGAGGAAACACUAUAAAGACUUACAGAAUCUAAACAUUCCUCUACAGUGAAAUAGUUGGGCAAUGUAAGGGGCAUGCUUGUGACCAAUAAAGUAUCUCAAGAUUUACAGAUGUUAACAUGAUAUAUAUUCAGACAAUUUUCAACCUUGAAUAAAAGAAUUUUUCAUUUUUGGUGCAAAUCAAGUGCUGACAGUUAGCGUCUUCUUUUGUAGGAUGCAGACUCUGCAAACUUGACUAAACCGAAGACCUCCUGAAAAUCACAUCCUCAAGAGGAAAUUGCAUUCCUAAUGUUGGACUUUGUAUUUUUUUUCUCCUUUUUUCAAAAUUUCUGCUUUCAUGUCAUGUCACCUUGGGAUGGCUGUUGCGGGCGAUAAACUGGCGAUGUAUAAAUGAAAUUGAAUUGAGUCUUGAAGUAAAUAUUUAGAGACAUAACUGGUUUGAAAGCUCCGUGCCCUCUUCCUAUCUUAAAUGAAAUGUUUGUAACCAAUAAUCAACUUGUGGUACACAGCCUUGAAGAAUGGACAACAAGCUAUAAAGACUAUAUUAAGAAUGGCAAU